CAUUCGACGAUCAAUAUUGUAGGAAAAAUAAAACAAUUCAAAAUUUGAAUUUGCCGCCCUAACCUCCGCGUGCGUGAAGUGAAAUGUUUUCGUUUUUCAAUUUAGCUAUGGCGGACAUUGAAGGAGCGAAGUUCAUUUUCAUUAUGUGUCGCCGUAAUUGAACUGUAGGCGUUCAUGUUAUUGUUCAAAAUACAGUCACACCGAAAGGGUGUAUUUCAAGGUGGGCGGAAGAACGAUGGCGGAGACUAUGAGUUCGGACAACGUCGUUAUGCCGGACAUUACCGAAGUAACCAAACCCGAUCCCCUGGCGGCGGCGGCCGAGCACGAUUCCGAGCGUUCUGAUGGCGGUGCAGUUUUGGCGAGUGCUAUUAAAAAUUCGCGAUUAUCAAGUGACUCUAAUGGCGUGGUCACGGUGCCGGUAUCUCUGCCUGUUGCUACUUUACUCACGGGGACAACCUUUAACGUGAUAACGUCCGACCAGCUCCCUCAUUUCAAGCCUAUGCUGUGCGUGGAUAAUGGGUUUAUAUCAGGUGGGCCGGUUACAGAAGCCGAUAUUAAAGCGACGCACAUAGUUAUACAGAACCCGCCGUCGCCAAGUGCUCCUCAUCAUGAGGAUGAGAACGCCGCAGCAUCUGCGCCUGCGUCAAGAGUGGCGACGGGGCGGUCGUGGGCCGAGACAGCCAACAUGCCAGUUUUGCCAGUUCGGUGUAAGAAUACUUCUGCAGAGUUCCACAAGCAGAGGUUCGGUUCAGGAGGCAGAGGAAGAUGCAUAAAGUAUGGGUCCAACUGGUAUACACCUAGUGAAUUUGAAGCUAAAUGUGGUAGAGGUUCAAGCAAGGAUUGGAAGAGGUCUAUAAAGUUUGGUGGUAGGAGUAUACAAGCACUGAUCGAUGAGGGCAUUCUCACUCCACAUGCUACCAGCUGUACUUGCGGAGCUUGCUGUGAUGAUCAAUCAGCUAUGGGACCGAUUCGGUUAUUCACACCAUACAAACGAAGAAGAAGGGCUAAUCAUGACGGAGAGGAGAAGAAGUCAAAAGUGAAACGGGAUAGUAGCAUAGCAGAGAGUGACGUGGACAACAUCCACCAAACGAGUAACAAUAGUCAUUCAAAAGAAACAUGGCAGUCCAUUGCUGAAGGUCUAGAGAAUAAUGCUGACUACCACAUACUGGAGACCACAGAUGCUAAUCCAGAUCCUCUAUCAGGGUUACCAGAGAUGGGUGGCGUGAUAAAACGUUUAGAAGACAUAACUCAAGGGCUGGUUCGCUUGGCUGGUGAGCUGAAACAGUGCAUCGAAGACGUUAGAAUAGUUAGCGCUCGUCAGAUCGAGCGUUUCGAGCAGGAGCGAGCGUCGGCGCUGCUAGCGGCCAGUGUAGACGCUCAUGUUGAAGCUGAGCAGGUUACACUGCAUAACGUUGAUGAAUCGGAGUCGAAAAAGUGCGCGAAUUGCAACCGCGAGGCGUCAGCGGAAUGUUCGCUCUGUCGGCGCACUCCAUACUGCUCCACAUACUGCCAGAAGCGCGACUGGGCGUCGCACCAAAUCGAGUGUCUUCGCUCCGUGCCUACCAUACACACGGACACGCAACAGCACCAGUCUAUCAUGCUCAUAGUCGAGAGCCAGCACCAAUAACCUUCUGAUCGCGAACUGUGUACCACAAUAGAAAAUGGAAACACUUGUUGAGGUAUGUCUACAGUUCUGAAGUGUUAUACUUCCACAUAUAGUUUUAAUGGCGACAUAUAAAAUAUCCUAUAUUUUUAUGUUUAAAUAAUGUUUGUUGUAAACAUAAUUUUAUUAUACUUACAAUAUGACUGAAAAAAUACAAAGAAUAGAGAGAUAAAAAAAACAAUAGUAUUUGCAUCAAUCAACAGUCACAAUUGUCAAUUAUUAUCAAUUAUUUUAUCAAUUAAGUAUAUUGUCUUAUUAUUAUUUUAUAUUGAAGAAGUUAGGUUUCCCAGUAGAUCUUUUUGGAAUUUUCUUCUACAGGGACCGUAUCAUUUAUUAUUAUGAAAGUCGAAUUGUAUAUUGCGACAGUAGCAAUGUAUUUUACUGAACCAGGCAUUAUCUCGUACAAGUCCAUAUCACUAUAAUAAUUCUAGUCAAGUAAUGACCAGAAUUAUUUAAUUUCACCUAAACAUCUAAUAAUAUUCUAAUCUGGAGUGUCACAUACAUAUUAAUGAAUUAAAUAAAGCAAUUCUAAUGAAAUAACCAGAGGUAGAGUACCUUUGUUGCAAUAUUGUUAUAAUUAAUAUUUCUCUUCUAAACGUUGUUGUAUUUAAUUUUAAAUCGUAACUUGCUAUUUAUAUGUUCAUAACAUUAUCCAUUUUUUUUUGUCUUAGCUGCUAGUUUAUUAUUGUCUCGCGUAUAAGAGUACACUAAGAAUAUUUUAAACAUAACCAAUGCAUAUCAAUUUAAAAUAAAAAGUUAACUCUAAUCCUUGAAUUUGUCUUAUAUCUAUGUUUUUAGAGAAACAAAAACUUUGAAAAAAAUUAAAUACGUUCUAUUUCACUUCUAACAUUCCCCUGACUUGGUUUUUACCGUUUUUUUUCUGUGUACAGACAUUCGACCUCUACAGUUGUAUUAUAUAUAUACAUGUGUGAAAAACGGGCCGGUUAGGUGGCGUUGGAGGCCAAAACUUUGCCGGGUUGGCAAGUUAUAUAUUAAAAUUAUGGAUAAUGUAAUGAAAUCAUCGUUUUAAGAGUUACCAUAGCGAGUGAAAUUUGAUGUAUUUUUAUUUACCAAAUAUAGUAUUUAGUCGCUUCCUAUUCUUUUUUUUUACUUGUACAGUCAAUGUAAUGUUUUUUUUUUAUAUAUAUUAUUGUGAACAUUUUAUAAUCUGUUAAUCGAUUUGGGAAGUGUUAAUGAUUUGUGACUACUUAUUGUGUAAAUAUAUCAAAUGGAUUAAUGCCCUUUUCAAAGGAUGUUAUAUGGCUUCGCAUAUACAAAUUAUGAUUAUGAAUUGUUUUCGGGUGUUAUGUUCUUCUAAUUAUUUUUUAUGAAGUCUUAAUAAGCGUCUAUACAUCGGUAUUUUUAUAUAGCAAAAAUAUAUAGGAAGUGGUAACUGUUACAUACAGUUACGAACAAUUCUGUAGACCUACUUGAGAGUACACUUUGUGAGCUCACAACACUCCUCAGUACGUCUUUUCUCCUGAAGUUUAACUUCUUUGAUAUGAUGAUGAUGAUGAAAAUAAAUAUAAAAAUUUCAAACCUAUUUGAAUUUUUAUUAAUAAGGAGGUAUGGUGUUAUGGUCUAUGAUUAUAAACUAUACAUCUAUUCAUAACAAGGUCUUUUUAAAGACUGCUAGUAUCGCAUUAAAGAAAGCACUGAUUGUUGGUCUCGCUUAAUGAAGAGUUACGUAGAUGGUUUGCAAAUAGAGUUAAUUUAAAAUCCCACUUAAAUGUCCUGUAUUCUGAAUCAUAACACAUCAACAUUACACAACAUAGAGCUUGAUACAUUGGACCAAAAGACUCGAGAUUACAUUUCAAAAUUUAUCAGAAAUAAUUUAAAUUUUAUAAUUUAACUGAGCCCUAAUUCGACAAAAAUAAAUUUAAAUGAAAUUCACUAAAUGCAUACAUACAUUUUAUUCAAGAGUACAAUCUUAGAUGUUAAGUUUAACCCUGAUUAGUUUUCCUUUCUAGAAAAAGGUCUUAAAUAUUCUGUGCCACAAAAAACUUAGCGGUUGAUGCAGAGAUACCUGUAAUUAAUGGGGGAAAAGACAACAGUUUAAAACAUAUAAUUGUUGUAAAAAAAGUAAAGUAUGUAAUGAUUUUUUGGUAAUUUUAGAAAAAGGCCUUAAGUUAUCUCAAAAAAUUUAUGUAUAAGUUUGGCAGCAGUGACUCCUUUAAUCGCUGUAAUAACGAUUCGUCACGUUAUUUUGAAUUAUAUGAAGUUCAGUUUUAGUACUAUGUUUAGAUAUGAUUUUAUCAAAGAUAGAUUUGUAUCAAAUAAAUGUAUUAUAAAUACUGUAUGGCAGAUCUGUGAGGGGUUGUUAUGAAAGGUUUACAUGUUUUGCAUGUAUCUGGCAGUUUUGUGUAAAUAAAAUUAAUAAAUCCUAUGUAUUAACCUUUCACAUUGGGGUCAUAUUAUAAGUAUAAUAAGUAUUUUAACAAAUUUUUGCACUUUAAAAUAUUAGUUGAAUUGAAAUUUGUGCGAGUUUUAAAGUUUCGUGUAUACUCGUAUGAUGAUGAUUACUGGUUGGUUACAUCCUGUACAUUCAUUUGCAAGUUUUAUAAUGAAAUGAAAUGAAAUGAAAUAUUUAUUUGCUUUAAACAGACAUUUGACAUUAUAAGGGCCAUGUGACAAAACUUGACAAAUUGUAGUUUCGAAUCGUAGUUCGCUCCGCCGGCGCACUCCGUACUGCUCGACGUACUGCCAGAAGCUCGACUGGGCGUCGCACCAGAUCGAGUGUCUGUCCCUCCGUGGCCACCAUACACACGGACAUGCAGCAGCACCAGUGAUACAUUCCAUCUACUGUAAUGUGACGAUUUCACUACAAGCCUGUGACGUCAUUUUGUACUCGGUUUGAUCGUGAGUAGUUCUUAUCUCGAUAUUCCUCCAUUUUAUUAUUAUUAUAUUACUGUCUUUAUUUAUAUUUUUUACUGUCUUUCAUUAGUAUUUUUUUUUAUUUCAAUAAAUUUCUUGACCAAAUUUAUAUAUAAUUUGGCAGUAGUGGCACCUUUAUAUAAGUUAAGUUUUUGUACUAUGUAUAGAUAGGUGCUACAAUAGCAUCACGAUUACGGAAUCAAACAAAAUCAGGGGUAUUCCGUAUAAUCGAAAAUCCGGAUAAUCGCUUUCAAAGACAAAUCAAACAAUAUGCAAUUAAAUUUUAAUAUUUUGUUAAUUUGUAAAGAGUUUUGCAUAUGUCAUUUAAACAAAUAGGAUGUAAUAAAAUUACGAGUUAUAAAGGUAAUGUAUUAUGUGAUACCUAUUUAUCCAAUUAAUACAUAAUACCACUUCUAAAUCGAUAAUUAGAACCAUAAAGAAUAAGUCCGGAUAAUUCAUUAUUUAGAUAACUGGUGUUCGGAUAAUCUAGAUUCUACUGUAUAUCUGUUUGUAUCAAACUAAUAUGUGGAUCUAUAACGGCAAAAUCUGUGACGGGUUUGUAUGAAAUGUUUAUAUGUUUUGUAGUUACAGUCAGUGUAUCUGGCGGCUUUGUGUAAAUUAAAUUAAAAUAAUUCCUAUGUAUUAAUCUACCACAUUAGGUCAUAUUAGAAGUAUAAUAUUGUUUUUAUUGAACCAAUGUUUAAUUAUAUUUUUUUUUUACAAUUAAAGAAAAUAAAUAUAAUUGAUAAACUGCGUUCAUUGUUGCUAUGAUUUCUUUAUUAAAAACAUAUUUUGUCUCAAUGA